AUGGGGAUGAGGGAGAAAGGAGACAGUCCCCUUUUUGUUGAUAAGGAGAACAAUCCAGCAGCAGAUAUCUGCAGCACACCCCUUACCUCUCCUACCUACAAGCAGCAGCAGCACAAACAGCAGCAACAGCAGCAGCAGCAGCGGCAGCAGCAGCAGCAGCAGCGUUGGAUAGGAAGGAGCUCGGGGGGCCCCCUGCAGCUCGUUAGUCGUCUCCAUAAAUCCUUAAGGCGUAUAUUCGCACCUAAGGACAGCAAGCCGCAGCAGCAGCAGCAGCAGCAGCAGCAGCGACAGCAGCAGCAGCGGCAGCAGCACCAAAGGAAGCAACAUGGAGAUUCAGCAGCAGCAGCAGCUGCUGCUGCUGCAGCAGCCGCUGCUGCUGAGGAGGAAGAGGAGGAAUUUCUCCUUCCUGAUCUGCAUGCAGGCCUCCUCCCUCUAGGUGUAGAUGACGAGGGAGCAGCAGCAGCAGCAGCAGCAGCAGCAUCACCAACUGCAGCAGCAGCAAUAGCACCAGCAUCCCCAACAGCAGCAGCAGUAGCAGCAGCUAGAUCAGGUAACGAAGUUGCAUGCAGCAGCUGGUUUGCUGCCAGGCCCCCUUUGCGUGCAUGCAGCAGCAGCAGCAGCUGCAGCAACAGCAGCAACAUGUUUGGGUCUCCUGGGUCUGUUAGUCUCCAUUACUAUAAGGGGACACCACCAACUAUACCAGCACCAGAGGAGACAGAAGCAGCAGCAGCAGCAACAGCAGCAACAGCAGUAGCAGCAGCAGCAGCAGGACUAGGGGAGACAAGGGGACAUGCUGCUGCUGAGUUGCUGCUGCUGCAGCGCAGCAGCUCGAGAAGCUGCAGCAGAUAUUCUAUGUCACAGCCUGUAGGAGCAGCAGCAGCAGCAACUGCAGCAGCAGCAGCAGCAGCAGCAGCAAACGCAGCAAGUCAGCAAAGUCGCUUGUCUACACGACGCAUGAGUUGCUGCUCCUUCUGUCCCCUUCCUGGUGGUGCUGCUGCUGCAGCAGCAGCAGCAGCAGGAAGAGUCCCUCAGCUGCAGCAGCAGCAUUUGUCCUCUCUGUCUCUCCGUAUGUUUAGUCAACCAGACCCCUCAGCAGCAGCAGCAGCAGGUGCAGCAGCAGCAGCAGCAGCAGCAGCAGCAGGCUGCCGUUUUAGGCCCCGCCCUCUUCCCCGCAGGAGCAGCACGCAGCUGGAUAUGAAAAGUAUGCGGCAGCAGCAGCAGCAAUUGCUGCUGCUGCAGCAGCAGCAGCAGCAGCAGCAGAUGCUGCAUGCAGAGGAUAUGUCUGCGGAUUGUUCCCCUCGUGGCUGCUGGUCACAGUCUUCUGUGCUGCCUUCCCCUGCAGCAGCAGCUGCUGCUGCUGCAGCAACAGCAGCAGCAGCAGCAGCAGCAGCAGAACGGCCGCGCCUGCGCCGUUCUUCUACGAGUCCUAUGGGUUUGCUGCAGUGGCGCAGCACACCAGUAUGUGUACCUUCUGCUGCUGCUGCUGCUUCUGCAUCUACAGCAGCAGCAGCAACAGCAGCAACAGCAGCAGCAGAAGGAGAAACGUCAAAGAGGAGACGCAUGGAUACGUCUCUCUAUAGAUCUGCUGCUGCUGCUGCUGCUGCACCAGGUGUACGUACACCCGACACCUCCCAGUUAUUUGUUACCCCACAGUCUUCUCCUCUACGCCCUCCUCUGCAUGCAGGUGCUGUUGCUGCUGCUGCUGCAGCGGCAGCAGCAGCAACAACAAUGCCAGGAGGAGCGGCAGCAGCAACAGCUACACCAGCAGCAGCAGCAGCAGCAGCAGAGGACAGUCAAGACACAGCAGCAGACGAGGAGAUGCCCUGUGUUCUAUGGGAUCCUCCUGAUCUAGACAGCAGCAGCAGCAGCAACAGCAGCAGCAGCAGCAGUGCGCCACCGAUGGCUUCUGCUUCACUGUCUCCUGUUGCAGUGCCUCUGCAGCAACAGCAACAGCAGCAGCAGCAGCAGCAGCAGCACGACGCUGCUGCUGGUCUGUCCUUCCCUAUAUCAGGCCCACGCAAUUUGCUGCUGCUGCAGCGAAAGUCGUCACAGCAGCAAAAGCAGCAGCAGCAGCAGCAGCAGCAGCAGGAUGUCACCUUGGCCAAGGCUGGUGAGGGACAGGGCAGCAGUGGGUCCACAGACGAGUCCUCUGCAUGCAGCAACAGCGGCAGCAGCAGCAGCGACAGCAGCAGCAGCAGCAAUGCACCGACUGUUGAGGGGACCGCAGCUGCUGCAGCUGCUAGUGCUGCUGCUGGUGCUGUUGGCGGAGAUACCUCGCGCACCCCGGACAGGGCAGUAGGUGCAGCAGCGGCAGCAGCAGCAGCAGCAGCAGCUGCUGCUGCUGCUGCAGCUGCUGCUGCAUCUCCUUCCUCUGGUGCGAACAGGAAGCGCCGCAGAGACACAGAAGACUCAGCAGCAGCAGCAGCAGCAGCAGGAAGAGGAUCGUUUACUGGUUCUGCUGGUGGUGGUGGUUCGCAGAGCAGCAACAGCAGCAACAGCAGCAACAGCAGCAGCAGCAGCAGCCCUAGUGAGCUGUCUCCUGCAAAGAGACAGAGACGCCGCAGCUACGGAGGGACACCAUUUGCUGCAGCAGCAGCAGCAGCAAGAAGAUUAAUUUGUUUGUCUCCUGAUAAGGGGAACGAGUUGCUUCCUUCCUUAUGUUUACCUGCCUUAUCUAUAGAGGAGACAAAGGCAUUAAGGCAGCAGCAGCAGCAGCAGCAGCAGCAGAUGUUGCUGCUGCUGCAGCAGCAGCAGCAGGAAAAAGAAAGAAAAGAAAAAGAAGAAAGGGAAAGACAGGAAGCAGCAGAAAGACAAAGAAAAAUUAAGGAAGAAGAAGAAAAGAAAAGGAAGCAGCAGCAGGAGCAGCAAAGGCAGCAACAGCUGCUGCUGCAACAGCAGCAACAGCAGCAACAGCAGCAAGAAGAGCAAAGGAAAAAACAACAAGAACAGCAACAAACGCAACAGAAACAGGGGGACGACAAACAGCAGCCACAACAGCAGCAGCAGCAGCCACAACAGCAGCAGCAGCAGCCACAGCAGCAGCAGCAGCAGCAGCAGCAGCAGCAGCCUCUAUUUGGGCGUCUGCCGGCUGCUGCUGCUUCACCUGCAGCAGCAGCAACAGCAACGCCAGCAGGAGCAGCAGCAGGCGCAGCAGCAGCAACAGCAGCAAAGCCGCUGUUUACCCUUCCGGGGGCUGUUGCUGCUCCUGCUACUGGUGCUCCUGCUGCUGCUGCAACAGCUGCUGCUGCUCCUACUUUUGCACCAGCUGGUUCUCCUCCUGCAGCUCCUGCUGCAAGUGCAGCAGCAGCAGCAGGACCAGCAGCAGCAGCAGCAGCAGCAGCAGCAGGGGCCGCAGCAGAAACUCCGGCGAGAGGCAACAGACCAGUGCUGCGCAUUGUGCGCAACAAGAACCCACAGCAGCAGCAACAACAACAGCAGCAGCAGCAGCAGCAACAGCAGCAGCAGCAGCAACAGCAGCAGCAGCAGCAGAAACCGUUAUUCGCGGCAUUGUCUCAAAGCCCUCAACCGAUGCAGCAGCAGCAGCAACAGCAACAGCAGCAGCAGCAGCAGCAGUUUAUGUUUGGGCAGCAGCGGCCGCAGCAGCAGCAGCAGCAGCAGCAGCAGCCGCAGCAGCAGCAACAGUUUAUGUUUGGGCAGCAGCAGCAGCAGCAGCAGCAGCAGAAUCCGUUUGCGUUCGGGCAGCAGCAGCAGCAGCAGCAACCUGUCUUUGGAUUCGGCAUGCCGCAGCAACCGCAGCAACUGCAGCAGCAGCAGCAGCAGCAGCAGCAGGGAUGUUUGCCUGGAGGUUUAAUACCUGGAUUUGGCCCUGCAGCACCAGCAGCAGCAGCAGCAGCACAGCCAGGAGGAGCAGCAGCAGCAAACUGUUUUGCUAUGGGCAGCAGCAGCAGAAGCAGCAGAGGAAGAGGAAGAGGAAGAGGACGUCGUUAA